UCCGACAGAAGGAAGUGUUAGAAAUGGCAUGUCCUUUUCUACGAGAGCCCGUGGACGUAGAGGCUGCGAUCCUCAGAAGGAAUCUCCGUGAGGAACGAUUAUUAAGACCCCGGUUGGAUAUUCUUUCUUUUCCUGAUAAUUUUCUUCACAAGCGCUAUCGUUUUUCAGCGCAAUCUAUCAUUUAUUUAGACCACCUUCUCAGCCCCCAUGUUAACUGUCAAACGCACCGGGGGCAUGCUUUAAGUUCAAUACAAAUUAUUUGUGUGGCACUCCGUUUUUUUGCAAACGGCAGCUUUCUUUACAACGUCGGUGACGCCGAGCACAUUUCAAAGGCAACCGUGUGUCGGUCUGUCAGAAAUGUGACUUUGGCACUGAAACGUUUUCUUUACACGUUUGUGAUGUUUCCAAGUCACCGACCUAUACGAACAAUCAAGGAAGAGUUCUACAGAAUUGCAGAUUUUCCGGGUGUCAUCGGGUGCAUCGAUGGAACUCAUAUUCCUAUUAAAGCUCCUUCAGUGAAUGAAGGAGACUAUGUUAAUAGGAAGUCCUUCCACAGCAUCAAUGUGCAGGUUGUAUGUGAUGCCAGAAAUAUCAUCACCCAAGUGGAGGCAAAGUGGCCGGGGUCUGUGCAUGACGCACGCAUAUUUCGGGAGUCUAAUCUGAGCACUCGCUUUGCCCGUGAGGGUACCCCUGCCAGCCUUGCCUUCUGA